AUGCGAGCGAGUUCCUCUGCAAUCGUUGCGGGCGCAGCUGCGCUCGUCGCAGCUUCCAGCUCCACACUCGCAGCGAACGUCGACCACGUGUGGAACGUCGGAUGGGUCAACGAUGUGAAUCCAGAUGGCCUGCAGCCGAGAAGGGCCAUCGGCGUCAACGGCACUUGGCCUCCUCCUAUCAUCAAUGUCAAUUCGACGGAUGUGCUGCGUGUCACUGUCAACAACGCUUUUGACGAUGGGACCGGAACGGCCUUACACAGUCACGGAAUGUUCUUCAACAAUACGGGCUAUUGGGAUGGCGCUGUAGGCAUUACGCAGUGUCCCAUUCCUGCAGGCCAAAGCAUCACGUACGAGCCGCUCAAUUCACCAAGCGGUAGUGCGGGCCGCAAAGAGCAGUGGGGAACCUUUUGGACUCACGGCCAUUACGCCGGGCAGUACGUUGACGGUUUGCGCACACCAGCCAUCAUUCACAACGCCAACGAGGUGCACGCAUACGAUGACGACUACACAAUUAUCCUAGCGGACUGGUAUCACGACGAGCACGACUACCUGCUCAAAAAUGAGUUCAUCAACGUCAAGAACCCCACCGGUGCCGAGCCAGUCCCGAAAGCCGCGCAAGUGUACUUUGCCCACACGAGCAACGCGACCAGCGCAAGCUACUUGGCUGGAUUCAACGAGAACGCCACGUUGCCUUUCGUGCCUGGCAAGACGUAUCGCUUGCGACUGAUCAACAUGUCAGCUCUGUCCAUGUAUCACUUUUGGAUCGAGGGCCACGAUAUGCGCAUCAUCGAAGCCGAUGGCGUCGACACAGAGGAGUCGCCUGUGGACGUCAUCACCAUCAGCGUCGCACAGCGAUACUCGAUUCUGAUCACAGCUCGAUCUGACACCUCAAAGAAUUGGCCGAUCCAUGCCAAUCUCGAUCCAGACAUGUACGAUGUUGUGCCAGACGACCUACAGCUCAAUGUCACGGCGACACUGUCGUAUGCAUCGGGGCAAGAGCUGGGCUCUGAACGGCCCACCUUGGACGAGUACAAGUACUUCGACGAUACCGUCCUGGUUCCCUCCGCCGUCGAAGGCAUGUCUAAAGCGGAUGCAUCGCACGACCUGCACGUCAGCUUCAACACGUACAGCGACGGCAAGCCGUACGCGAGCUUCAACAACAUCAGCUUCAUCAACCCCAACACUCCCUCUCUGUCCACAUUGACAUCGAUGGGUUCGUUGUCCGCAGAUGCGGCAGUCUACGGACCCAACACGGGAGCGACGAUCUUCAAUCAUAUGGACAUGGUGCAGGUGACCAUUUACAAUUGGGAUGCAGGUACACAUCCUUUCCAUCUCCACGGACACAACUUCCAAGUCGUCCACAAGGCGAUCGAUGUUACCAGCGAUGACCCCGCCCUCAACCCACCUUUCAAUGAGACUCAGGUAAACCCAAUGCGCCGCGAUACCAUCACUAUUCACAGCACGGGAAGUGCUACAAUUCGGUUCCGUGCGGACAACCCUGGGGCCUGGUUCUUGCACUGCCACAUCGAGUGGCACAUGAAUCAAGGUCUAUCCACACUACUUCUGGAAGCGCCUCUUCAGGCGCAACAGACGCUCUCCACCCCGGCGGUGUUCGGACAGCAAUGUCAAUCGCAAGGCAUCUCGCCCACCGGCAAUGCGGCGGGUUUCAACUCCACUACGGACUUUGAAGGACUGCAAGCCGAACCUACUUACCUCGUCACCGGCUGGACUCCGAAAGCUGUGGGAGCGCUCACUGGUUGCAUCAUCACUGCGCUGUGUGGAAUUGCCGCCGUUGUUGCGUAUGGAUACACUGAGCAGGAGAGCUCGGAUGAGCAGCAAGAAGAGGAGGACAAGUAG